AAAUUUCUCUGCACAGACAGAAAGAAUUAGUGAUCAGUUCUCUUUCGGAAAUUAUAAGUGAUACAACUAUUAGUGACUAUGGAAGUUCUUGCUUAUGUCAGUAAUAAUUAGUUCAAAAUGUCAACAAUGAUACCAUGUUAGAUGUUUCAGCCAAGCAUUUAAAAGAUCUUCAGCGAUGUGGGGUGUGAGAUCAAAUCUAUGCCAAAAGCAAAAUGAAUCUGAAGUCGAGCCAUCCGAAGAAGAUCCAUUACUGGGAGCGGAACUGAAAAUAAAAAAUACAGCUAAGAUUAAAAGGCCUCCCAAGAAAAGAUUUAUCGACCCAAAUGGACCUCAGUCUUGGAUGGCAGCCUUCGCCAAUUUCUUCAUCAACUUCAUCAUCAUUGGAUUCGGGAGGAUGUCGGGAAUAUUUUACGUGGUCUUCAUGGAUACUUUUCAUGUUGGGAGGCAAGUGGCUUCCGUACCAUUCAGCGUUCAGCAAUCAGCAAGCAAUCUUUUUGGACCUCUUGCUGCAAUUUUGGGCCAGAAAUAUAACAUUAGAUCUGUGGUCUUAGCUGGUGGCCUUAUUGGAAGUAUAAGUGCUGUCUCUUGCUUUUACAAGACCGAUAUUACUUGGAUUACCAUCAGCUGGGGAUUAGUAUUCGGUAUCAGUACUGCACUGACUACUCACGCGAAUCAAGUAUUCACAGAUCUACAUUUCAAAAAACACCAAACUACAGCUGUUGGACUUGCCUAUUCUGGAGGAUGCGUAGGAGCAUUUUUCUUUCCAGUUCUUAUUGAAAUGCUUAUCAAAUUUUAUAACUUGCCUGGUACUUUUCUCAUCAUUGGUGCUAUUAUUCUGAAUGUCAUACCAGCUUCAAUUUUGCUCAAAGAACCUACUUGGAUGUCGAAACAUAUAUUAAAGCAAAAAAGUUCAAAACAAUCUGCUAAAAGGAAAAAAUCUAAAGCUCAUAGUGAUGAAAAUAAAAACCCUGGUAUCAAUGCUCUGACUAAUCCACAAUCUAAAUCUUUUACUGUGAAAGUAUCAGAAAAUAAUUAUUUCGAUUUUGAACAUUUACGAAAAAACUCUGGUUUUGUAUACCAACUUCUAGAGCUUUUCAAUACUUCUUAUGAAAUGAUGGAACAUCAAAUUUUAACAUCCAAGCAACUUUCGCUCAUUAAAGAAUUGAUCGAUAUUUGCCAAGCUGGUCAACAGCAAGGUAAAACGCAAUUUUUUCAGCCUGAAAUUAUGUUAAGUUCACCACAUCCUGAAGAAAACUUGGUAUGGGAUUCUUUUCAGGAAAAUAAAACAGUAAACUUCGAUGAAUACCACAGAUUAAAAAUCUUUUCUAAACUACGCAGGUUAUACGAGAAAAGUGAGAGUGAAAUACUAUCACAUUUUAACAUCCAUAAUCAUGGUCAUGUAUUGAAAGUUGUACAUGCACUUAGAAAUCUAUAUGAACUGCUUCAAGAAGGCAGAAGAGCAAAAAAGAAAAUAGUUAAAUUUGCUGAUGCUAUGAAAGAGAAAGAAACCCUUUCUAUUACAAAUGUCACAAAAAAAAGUGAAGAAUAUAAUAAUGCAUUCAGAAACAAUAUUAAAACAGCAAUAAAACUACAUAGCAAACCAUUAUUUCUACUGAUAUGUCUGUGUAGAGGAGUGUUCACAUUGACUUUCAUUCCUUUCGUUACUAUCAUUGUUGACUUUGCAAUGGACAAGGGUAUGAAAAGAGAAGAAGCCAAGUAUGUUAUUGCUAUCUUAUCCUUGGGAGAUCUAAUAGGAAGGUUAUGCUUAGGAUGGGUCACUGAGAGUAGCUACCUAAGCUUGCCACGGUACAUGCUUGUGGUUAUGCUACUACUCAGUAUUAGCAUGUCUACUUUCCCAUUAAUGUCCUCAGCUCUUGCAAUCAUCCCAGGUAUUCUAGUGUUCGGCAUGCUGCAAGGUUCGUUGUUUAUUCGGCAUCAAAGUUUAGUUACCAUGUACAUGGAGAAUCAGGAGCAAUCUAUUGGUUUGGGUUUCAUAAAUUUGUUCUCUGGCUUUUUAGGAUUAGCACUGCCGGCAUAUAUAGGUUAUUUUAGAGAUACUCAUGGAUCAUAUGACAACAUGUUCUAUGUGAAUAGCUGCAUCUGUGCAAUGAGUGGAUUACUAUGGAUUUUGGAACCCUUUUUUAUACACUUUUCCCCAAAGCAUUCAAAGUACGAUAAACUAGAGAAACAGCUAAAUCGGUGAUGGAAUUUUUAAUUUAAAUUUAGAAGUUUCUUUCCCUUUUUAAGUAAAUUCCUGAAAUUCUAAUUCAAUUAUGAUUUAAAAAACAAAAGAAGAAGAAAGAAAAAGACCAAUGUUAAGCAAGCUGGAGAAAAAAAUAGCUGUUUUUCCUUCUAAGAGGAAAUAAAAAAUUAAUUAAUUUAAUGUACAUUUAUAUUUAUCACUCAAAUUUUAUGAAAGAAGCAUGAACAAGAAGUAGCAAAUGUAUCAUGUUUCAUCCUAUGGUUUCACUGAAACAAUAUCACAAGUUAAAUUUAAAAAAUAUUAAUAAAAAUGA